GCUUCAACAGGGUUUAAGUUGGUGAAAUUGAGUAGGGCGGUUCUUUAUUUUGUUGUGCGAGUCGCAGACAUUGGAAUACGCAAAUGGAGAUGAGAGAAAAGGAAACAGACAAGGAGAAAGAAGAGGAAAAGUUGUGCAAGAGAUGCAAACUCAGCUUCAUUCCUUCUUCCAACACCUCUUCUUCCUGCCGUUUUCACCCUUCCUUCUUUGUUUGUCGUCGUCACGAUGAUCAGAUUAGGUACUACGAAUUGGGGCCUGAUGAUCCACCAUAUGAUGCCAAGUUCUAUGACUGUUGUGGUGCCGAGGAUCCUGGAGCUCCUGGUUGUAGUGUGGCUUCUCAUGUCUCGUAUGACGAUGAAUGUUGAAUAUUGUUUCUGGUUAACUCUCGGAUCUUUCUCAGCUUUGUAUAUAAUACUCUUUCUGAAAUGAUGUUGUAAUUAUUUUUGGUUUAGUGUAUGUAAGUUACACAAGUAGCUUUGCGGUUUCUGGUCCUUUGUUGUAAAUUUGUAAUCUGUACUUGACUAUGAUUCAAAGACUUGUAAAAGAUCAAAUUCUUCAUUUAUGAUUUCAUAGUUAAAAUUUAUAAUUUGAAAUAGAAUACUUGUUCCCAAACACUACAUAAAGGAAUU